AUGCUACAACUACCUCCGCACGAUUCUCACCCUGUCCUACUCGCGUGGAAGCUAUUGAGUCUAGCCAAAUACCUGCAAGCGAUCCUGCCGACUUCUGUGGACAACCUCAACAGCCUUAUGGUGGAUUACCACAGCAUCAUGGUCCAUGCUGUCGAAACGGCCCAUAUCGUUACCUGUAACGAUGAAGUGAUAUACUCAAUCGAGGGCAUCGAAUGUAUCAUGCUCGAGAGCCUCUACCACAACGAGGCAGGUAAUCUUCGCUUUUCACUACUUUCUGCUCGCCGUGGAAUUGCAGCACUAGCGGAAAUGAUGGGCCUUCACCACGGGAAAUCAAUGUCGCCAGCUUUUCUGAAGCCUGAAACGCGGCUCCGAAUGAAGCCAGAGCAAUUGUGGUUCCGUCUCGUUCGCUUGGACCGCUAUCUAUCGCUAUUGCUAGGCCUGCCACAAGGUUCACUCGAUGACAGUUUCGCAAGCCCUGAGGUGCUCAAAGACUGCCCGCCUAUUGAAUGCUUGCGGCGCAUUGACUGCGUCGCAGCUGGCCGCAUUCUACAACGCAAAGCAGCCGAUAUGAUCGACAGCGAUUUCACUCAAGACAUCGACAAGUUACUACAGAAAGCCGCAGCCCGCAUGCCAAGUCAGUGGUGGCUGGUUCCGAAGCUUACGGCCACCAGUGCCCAAACCUGGGAUGCCUUGGAAGAGAUGGAUCGUCUAAUGUGCCAAUUUGCCCACUUUCACAUUUUGGCCCGCCUUCACCUUCCGUACGUGAUGCGGGCUGAUCAAAAUCCUUAUAACUGCGUCGCAGCCGUCAACGCAAACCGCGAGGUUCUGACACGCUUCGUCUCUUUUCACAGCCAGACCAGCCGCUGCUACCGCGGCAUCUUGUUUCUCGCCUUCAUUGCAAGCGUGACAAUAUGCCUUGCGCAUAUCAACACUCAUGCUGCCGGCCAGAGAAACUCUAUGACUACAUACCUUCUCGCGCACCAACGCAUGGGCGACCGCGGCAUGAUGGAGAGGACUCUCGAACUAAUGGAGUCCACCUCCAACGACGUGGCGGCUACCAGGAUUCACACCAUUCUGCGUCAUUUACUCCUGAUCGAGGAUGAUGCCGCACACGGAGGCAGCUACUACACCUGUGCCUCUGCUGCGCGCAGUGAGGACGAGCUUGAAUGCCAUGGAAAACUCAGCGAAACUGACAGUGGGUUGCGUCUUUCCCUUCCACAUGUUGGAACAAUCCAAAUUACGCGCCGUGCGAUUGAGAAGUCUUCCUCAAUGGCGCAAAUGCUAUAUAUGGCAGAAACUGUGCCAGGGAUCUCGGUUACCGGUCCGACAGUACCGUUGAACCCUGCAAGGUCAUGCGAAGAACUAGAGGGACACGAAAGCCCAUCGCUUGAGGUGCCAAUUACUGCCACGGCCCACACGCCUGGCGAUGAGUCGGCCAUCCCAGAGUGGCAUGCACACCCUUCACUCUUGGACUCGGUGUCUCUACGGCAUUAUUCUGUAUCUACUGCAAAAGGCAGCAGUUGCCUCGGCUUCAACGACGGCAGCAGACCCCACGCGCAUCUCGUCCCGGGCGUAGAUGAGUUCACAGACGAUUGGGACCUACAAGGCGUUGACAUGACUCUGUUCGAUAGCAUUCUCCACGGCACGUCGAGCUCUGGGUAUACCAUAGGCGCAAGCUGGGACGCCACUGAUGGGUAA